ACCUUGUAUGACACAUUUCAUUUAACUUAAACAUUGUUAUGUUUUGUUCAUAUAAUAAAUUUGAGUCAAUUGCUGAAGCAUCUAGCUUCAGGGUUUCCCACAAUGAAGUUCCAUGCCAUUGAGUUUCCACCCAAUGGCAAGAACACUUCACAAAACAGUUUCAAAAGGCUGUUCCUAACACUUACGUUGAUCUUCUUUACCUCAAUUCCUCUGUAUCUGAUCAGGAAAUCGCAGUCGCCUUUGCCACCUCAGGAGAUUGAUAUCAGCAGCCUGAGAAAAAACAGAGAGGUGCUCAAGAAAUGUGAUAUCUUCAAAGGGAAAUGGGUGCCUCAUCCAGAAGGUCCAUAUUACACAAAUGAAACUUGCCCUCUGAUUAUUGAUCAGCAUAACUGCAUGAAAUUUGGGAGGCCUGAUACAGAGUUCAUGAGGUGGAGGUGGAAGCCGGAUGAAUGUGAGCUACCUUACUUUGACGCAGUCCAGUUCUUGGAGCUUGUCAGGGGGAAAUCCAUGGCCUUUCUUGGGGACUCUGUAGGAAAGAACCAAAUGCAUUCAUUGCUCUGUCUCUUAUCCAGCGUGGCUUCUCCAGAAGAUGUUUCCAGUAAAUAUUCAUCAGAUACAACUUAUUUCACCCACUGGUUCUACGCAGACUACAACUUCACGCUAGCAUCAUUAUGGUCACCAUUCUUGGUCACAUCCAGAGAUGCAGAUCUGAACGGGUAUUCCUAUGACAGCUACAUGAGCCUCUACAUAGAUGAAGCUGAUAAAGGAUGGACAGGGGAGAUUGAAGGUUAUGAUUAUGUGAUCAUUUCAGCAGGGCAUUGGUUCUUCCGGCCACUGUACUUACAUGAAAAGGGUCAGCUUGUUGGAUGUCACAAAUGCUCUGUAAAGAACAUCACAAGCCUUAGCGUGUACCAUGGAUACAGGAUGGCUUUCAGAACAGCCUUCAGGACCCUCUUGAGUCUUAAACGCUACAAGGGUGUUACAUUUUUAAGGACAUUUUCACCGGCACACUUUGAGAAUGCAGAUUGGGAUAAGGGAGGGAACUGUUUGAGGACAAAGCCAUUUACAAACCAAGAAAGGAAGUCGGACGACUAUAUCUGGGAGUUCUACUUGACACAGGUGGAGGAAGUAAGAGCAGCAGAGGAUGAAGGGAGGAAAAGGGGCUUGCAGUUUGUGCUGCUAAAUACUACUGAAAUAAUGUGGCUGAGGCCAGAUGGUCAUCCAAGCCAAUUUGGUCACUCACGUCACAGAAAUGAAACAGUAAACGACUGUGUUCAUUGGUGCUUGCCAGGCCCCAUUGAUACAUGGAAUGAGCUCUUGCUGUAUAUGAUGAAGAUGGGAGUUCUGAAAGGGAGGGAAAGGAAGUUGAUGAAAAAUUACAUUUGAAUUCUGUUCAUUUAUGGCAAAAAAUAUUCUGUUUAUUUAAUUCUUUUUGCUAUAAAGAGACAUAUUUGAGCCUCUGUGGGGGGAAAUAUAUUUGUGAAUGAUUCAUUAAAAAAAAGUUAGAAUAUAUAUAUAUAUAUAUAUAGUUGAAUCAAUGUACUUGGAUCUACUGGAUAAGAAAUUAGUUUUAUUAUG